UAAAUUAGAGAAAGGUAAGCAUUUGAGAAUUGGUGGCCGAAUUGAAGUUCCGAUAUGGUGAGAGAGAAGAGCCCUGGCUUAAAGAUCCUCUGGGUUUGGACUCUUGGCACUGCCGCCAUUCUCGCUACAAGCGUUGUUCGCAUGAGAUUGAGAGAUAUGGAGAACACAGUCAACUUCAACUCCGAUCAACAACAAUCUCUUCACCACCAACAAACUUCUUCCACCGAUUCCUUUUCCCUUGACGAUGCUGACAAAUCACAGGAUAUUGCUGAGGGUGCAAAUGUUAUUAACUAGGAGCACAAGUUGAGCUUGCACAAAUUGGCUUUCUAUAGGCCUGUAGAUCAUGUUGAUUGCCUAUAUGAUCAUUGACCUUUUACAUGGUGAUAAUCACCAGGAGAGUAAUAAAAAGCUUUAAUAUGUCAGAACCAUAAUUGUUAUGUUCAUGAACUGCAUGACAUCUUGUGAUAGGAUCUGUCUCCUUAACAACUACUUUGCUUCAUAUGUUAUUUUCAUUGUCAAACAGCUUAUAUGCAAUAGAUGUGUGAUCCAUGAGAAUGCAUAACUUGAAAAGAAAAUAUUUAAGAGUGACAAGCAAUGCUUAUAUGCAACCCACAUUCUCGAAAA